GUUCUUCAAGUUCAUAUGAACACAGUUCCACAGAUAAGGCUGGAAAUGGCCACACGGGACAGAGCGAGCCAGAGGCUGCCUCUGGUGGCCGAGCCGGCCGUGGAGGGAGGUCCACAUCUGCCCACGGGCCGCGAGUUGGCCGAGGCCAGCCGCUUUGCCUAUGCUGCCCUCUGUGGCAUCUCCCUGUCCCAGCUCUUUCCAGAACCUGAGCAAAGCUCCUUCUGCACAGAGUUUGUGGCGGGCCUCGUGAAGUGGCUGGAGUUGCCCAAAGCCGUCUUGCCAACCAUGACUGCUUUUGCCAACGGCCUGGGAGGCGAAGGCGCAGAUGUGUUUGCUCCGAUUUUAUUGAAGGACCCCAUCUUGAAGGACGACCCAUUGGUGAUCAUUCAGGACCUUCUGAGCUUCUCACUCAAGGAUGGGUCCGGUGGUUUUACCUGCUAAGUAGCUCUUGAAUCUGGUCCCUUCCCUGGCUGCACCCACCGCCCUGGUCUGAGCCACCAUCACCCACUCCUGGAUGACGGCAGGGGUGUCCUCACUGUUCUUCCUGCCCCCACUCUGGCCAGCAGUUUGGUCUCCGCACGGCAACUCAGUGAUCUUUCCAGAGGCACGUGGGACGAUGCUGGCUCCCGGCUCCGUCCCCACGUGACUCCCCCUGCCCUCAGGAGGGUGGCCCAUGUGGGCUGGCCCCGGCCCCAGCCCCACCUCAUCUCUCAGCACACCCCUUCCCGCUCUCCAUGCCGACCUCCCUCCCUGAGUGCCUGUGCUUCCAUGGACUUCGCAGGUGCCCUUCCCCUGCCCACAGAGCGUCCUGCUCCUCUUGCCCUCCUCCCUCCGCUCAGGCAGCACUUCCCUGGGGAAGCCUCUGGCCUCUGCCUGGGAUGCUCGUCCCAGCACCAUGAGGCCAUGGCUGUGGUUGAACAGUUACCGGAUUCUUUGCGGGCUUCCCCUCACACCGUAGCUCCAGGCAGGCAGCGCCACAUCUGGUUUCCUUCACCGUGUGUUUCUAGUCCCUAACCCAGCACCUGGAACAUAGUACAUACUCAGUAGAUAUCUGAUGAACGAAUUAAUGAGAUAGAUCUUAUUGCCCUGUUUUGUGGAUGAGGAAGUCGGCUCAGAGAGGUUAAGCAAUUUACCCAAGGCUGCACAGUAAGUGGCAGUGUGGGAUUCCACCUACUUUCUUUCCUGUGGCUGUCGUAACAAAUUACCGUACGCGGGGAAGCUUGAAGCCACAGAAAUGUAUUCCCUCACAGCUUGGGAGGCCCAGAUUCAGGAAGCAAGGUGUCAGCAGGAUCUCGCUCCCUCAAGGCUGUAGGGGAGAAUCCCUCUUGCCUCUCUCUGGGCAUUCCUCAGCCUGCAGCCGCGUCUCUCUAGUCUCUGCCUUCAUCGUCCCGUGGCCUGCUCCUCCCUUUCCUCUCCUCCCUGUACCUCCUGUAAGGACCUUGUACAGGGCGGCCUCAUCCAGAGCCCUUUAAUUUAAUUAUAUCUGCAAAGACCCUCUUUCCAAAUAAGGUCACCUUCCCAGCUUCCAGGACGUGGCUGUAUCGUUUUGGGGAGUCACCAUGCAACGCACUGCAGCGCCCAGGGUGUCCCACAUCAGACCGCUACAGGGCUCCCUCACGAGCACCUCCCUGCCCCCCGUAGCUCCGCAUCCGUUUGUCUCCACCCUCUCUGCCUGGGCCCCCCUGUCAUUGUGUGUGUGGCUUCUAUUCCCUGUGCUGGCGAGAGGUUUUGGCACAAAG